AUGUUGCAACAUUCAGACCAAAAGGUCAAAGAUCGAGGGCAUUAUGUACCUUUGGAAGAAGCCCUUGAGGCCUCCGAAGACAAUGUUUCUCGGGACACUAGAGUCAUUAGAAGAUGUUCAAUUCUUUCCUCGUGGAAAGUGAUGCUCUGUGUUCAUGGAGCAUUGUUGACAGUGUCUGGGUUCAUGUUCAGUGCCUCCGGAGCCGCGAUGAACUUUCGUAGAGCACGAAACGCGGAGAUCAAGGCCGUGUCUUUCUAUUCUCCUGUACUUAACAAGGUAGAGCUGAGUCUGCGCGAUCAACAAGUUCGAGACACAAGAUACCCUCCUGAAGAUGAGAUGGGAGUUUACCGACAACCCCCAAGCCCUGAAGUUGAUAAUGCAUGGGACCGAAUAUCUGACGUUCAGGCCAUUCUUAUUAGUUCUGAGGAGGUCCAACGCUUGGGUAAGGACCCAGGACGAACAGUAAAGGCUCCGCAGUCUUGGGGAUACGGCGAAGAUGCACACUGGGCUGAAAUAGACGUGUUUCAUCAAAUUCACUGUCUAAAUUCCAUCAGACAAUCUUUGUAUCGCGAUUACUACGCUGGGAAGGACAAUGAUACAAAUCCAUUGGCUUGGGGUCACAUCACUCACUGCCUACAUAACCUGGUGCAAGCAUUGAUGUGCUCGGCAAGUGCUGAUGUUAUAACCUACAAUUGGGUUGAUGGAAAGCCAAAGCCAGUUCCCGAUUUUAACAUCAAUCACAAGUGUAGGGACUUUGAGAAACUUCUACAAUGGCAGAACGAACACAAGCUGCCGGAUCCAAAGUCAAAGUGGGAGGAUAUCACAAUGCCAGUGGAUUUCGUGCCCUUGGCUCCUGAUAUGUCUGGGUUAGAUGAGGAGGAGUGA